AGAACUUCUGUCUUGACAUGUAAAGAUGGCAGAGGCGGCAUUUUCCGAAGACGGAAAAUAUUAUUCUUCGAUCGGCCAAGAUGGUAGAUUAAGGAUAUGGGACACAGAAACUAACGUACUGAAACAGGAGUACACGCCAGACCUUCAUUUAAAGGCCCCGCCGUCAUGUUUGCAAUGGAUAACGGUGGCAGUGUCCAAGAGUCCUUCGAAGAAAGACAACCGAAAAUCAAGCGUUUCAGAGCAGGAAGCACAAUGUAUCGCCGUAGGAACGACCAGCGGGAAGAUUUUAAUAUAUUCAGUAGCACAAGCGAAAGUGCAAACAGUUUUAGAAGAGCAUAUAGGGCGAUCCCAAGAUCAGAAGAUAACUGCCUUAGACUGGAAUAGAAAAGAUGGUUUAUUUAGUUGUAAUAAGAGUAACUACAUUUGUGAGUGGACGCUGGGCGCGAGCAAGAUUGCGAGCAAGUAUCAUGUGAACUUGGAUAGUAAGAAUAAGGCAGUCAGCACCAUUAGUGCCAUAAAACUUAUACCUCAUACUCAGGAAACCAGUGCAAAAUACAUAAUAACAGCGUCAUGGCAGCUCCGAGUGUGGCGUCUCCACAACGGAGAGGCCACAGUGUUGAAGUGCCUGGGACACAAUGCGUCCAAACAGUCCAUACUGGCCAUAGCUGCUACGAGUGAAAAAACAUGGGCUAUUGAGGGAUCACAAACUGAACGCCUCCUCGCAUUCUGGGAUGUGACGGUCACGUCUGACGUGGCCCUGCAAAUGAACGGUCACGACGAAGACGGCACACCACACAAGAGGAAGAAGAAGAAAUCCUUGUCCAGCGCUGAGAAAGAGGAUGUCAAGACACUGACCAUUCCAACAUACAACUUCGUAUUGGAGGAUGCCCCCAAAAUGAUCGACGUGGCGGUGAAAGAGGAGGCAGACGUAAAGUUGACCCUGGCAGCCGUUACUAGGAGCGGAGUGAUGCAUUACUACUCGCACACAUUAAACGGGGCCUCAGCGAAGCCAAUCAAGCCCAACUUAACAGUGCACAUAACGACGGGCGAGGCGACGCCGCUGCCGCUGCAAUGUUGCCGCUUGUCUCCCAACCUGCAAGUUGGAUAUACUCACGGACCCACGCUACUGUUCGAGAAAAUUACCCCAGACCUCUCCUCAAAGACCCAAGUCCUGAUCCGAGGCGAGACCAAAAAGAAGAAGGUCAAAGGCGGCACUCCUAACGAGAUCAACAAAGUGGCGCGACCAGUAACAAAGAUACAGAGUACUUGGAGCCUAUGGGAGGUGUUACUAGGAAACGAGUCGCCGGGGGCUAAGGUGGAGGUACCAAUGGAAAGGCGGCUCGCCAACCUGACGCUCGAGACAGCGGCCAAGGACAAAACCGCCGUCAACCAGAACCUUACUAGGCUGCUUAUACAAGGGCUUCAGUCUAGAGACACUAAUAUCCUCGAGAUGGUACUCCACGACUCAAGCCGCGCGGCCGCGGCGCGCACUACAGCACAACUGCCAGCGGAGUUCAUCCCGCCUCUGUUGGACUACCUUGCUACUCUGGCCACCAAACGCACUGCCACAUGCGCCACAGUAUGCGUAUGGAUAUCCGCUAUUCUCCGUUCGCACGCCGCACUGUUACUGGCUACAAUGAACGCGCACAACGCCGAGAGACUGGGUAGUCUACUCGCUACAUUCACCAACAGACGUGCUCACCUGUGCCAGCUCCUCAAUGUCUCCGGAAGGAUACAGCUCACACUAGCGCAGCGCGCCGAGAAACAAACAGCUCCCGCGGAGGAACCAGUCAUAGAUUACAAUGACACUUCAGACGAGGAAAUGGAAGUCGACCGGCAAUCAGGAAGCGGCGCGUCCUGGGACGAACAGGACUUUGACGAUGAUGAUGAUGACGAAGACAGUGAUGAUGAGGAUCGCCCGCAGGCGCAGCGACGCCGACGAAACGGCAGAGGCAGUGACAGCGACAGCGGGGGGGAGUGACAAUAUAUGUUAUGUUAAUUGUUA